ACCCGGAAGUGACGCGGACGUCAAUAAGAAGCAGACACAAGCAACAGUGUGUAACGCAGCUCAGUUUAUCGCUCUUUUAAUCUUUUAAAACUAAAAAUACAACAUGUCUUCAGAUUUUGAAGCGUACGAACAGGACUUUGGGACCCUCACCGCUGAAAUAACCAACAAAAUCGGACGAAUACCCAAAUUAGCCGGUGAGGAGAAGACACAGCUGGUUCUAAAUGUCGACAAACAGCUUGAAGAAGUCAGAGAGUUGAUGGAGCAGAUGGACCUGGAGGUUCGAGAGAUCCCUAUUCAGAGCCGAGCCAUGUACAACAGCCGUCUGAAGAGCUACAAGCAAGAGAUGGAGAAACUUGAGAAAGAUUUUAAAAGGUCACGUAUUGCCUACAGUGAUGAGGUGCGGAACGAGCUCCUGGGGGAUGAUGGGAGCUCCUCCGAGACUCAGUUGAUAAAGUUGCGUGAAGAGAGAGCACAUCUGUUGGACAACACAGAGAGGCUGGAAAGGUCAUCUCGGAGGCUGGAAGCUGGCUACCAGAUAGCAGUGGAAACCGAGCAAGUUGGACAGGAGAUCCUCGCCAACCUGCACAGCGAUCGUGAGAAGAUUCAGAGAUCCCGUGAUCGGCUGAGAGAGACGGACGCUAACCUGGGCAAGAGCUCUCGGAUCCUGACCGGCAUGCUGAGAAGGUAAGAGGAAGGAUCAUUCAGAACCGCAUCCUGGUCUUCAUCCUGGGCGCCAUCAUCCUCCUCACCAUCGUCUUGGCCAUCUAUUUUAAUUUGCGAGGGCACUGAUCUCCACUGACUGGCCCUGUGCGUGCAUGUGUGAGUGUGUAUGAGCGUGUGUGUGUAAGAUUAAUAGUGACAAAAGUGUUGGGCUGGAGUAAUUAGGACAAAUUGUUCACAUGAAUCAUUCCUGGUGGGCAGUGACAGGGGGCCUCUGUUUGCUGCUGUCGAGCGGAGCAGAGCGGGACGGGGACCGCACCUUCCCUCUCUCCCCUUACAUUUAUGCUGCCUCCAUUACUUUUAAAACUCACCGACCCAUAGAGAAACCUGGCACGGACGUAUGGACUAGAGGACCAUGUUGAGAACAUCAGAUGGUUGAAGAACAGGAAGAUAAACAUCAAUGUAUGUCAUAACCUGCAGUUUUAUUUUAAGCUACUAGCAUAAUCUUGUCUAUUGGGUAAAUACAGUACAGUCCGUGUUCAUUUUGUCAAUGAAAAUGACUUGAAACAAACAGGUCUACCUGACUGAAUGCACACGCUCAGAUCUGCUCAUCUAAGAAACAGACAGCCUGGAUUAUAACAAAAAUGAUAACAAUUACUAUCUUUUGGACUACAUUUUAGUCAACAUUAAUGUGCUUUUCAUUCAGUAGAUAUUCAUAUUAUUAGAUAUUCAUUAGAUGCACAUUCAUAGUUUUCAGUAAUGUUUCUAUAGAAGACCUUUUACGUUUUGGUUUGUGUCAAGCUCCACAAUUUUUGCCGCUAUUUUUGUUGACAAAAUUAAGUUUAUAUAUAUCUUAGGCUACUAGUGUUUUCAUUUGCAAACAAUUAUUUUAAGUGAGUUAUUUAAAAUCUUGUUGUGUGGUGUAUUAGUAGGAAAUAUCAGUUUACAUUUUUAGGGAUUUUUCAACUUUAUUGUAUAGGAUAUCGGAGAGGAAAACAGGAAGAUAUUGAAACAGUUCUUUUGUUAUUAAUUCUAAUAAUCUAGUUAAAUGUUAGGAAGGAGUCUGACAGCAGCCCAUUUGGAAAAUGCAUGGAAAUGCAAGAAGAAUCAGAAUAAAUUAAGAAUAAAUCCAGAAGAACUUUUUUAACAUCUCCAAGACACUUCAGGAAACCUACCUGCAAAGCUAGCUUAAAAGCUAUACACAUGUCUACCAAUGACAACGUUUAAAUGCAUACAUCAAAUGUUGAUUUAUUUUAGCUAUAUAAGUUAGUUGAUAGAUUAUAUGUAUAAAUCUGCAUACAGUAAUGUAGCUAUACUUGUAGGUUUAUUGAAGUGUCUUGGAGUGUGUUUGAAAGUAAUAGCAGGUAUAAUGGGAACACUAUAAUUACACACUAUGAAUCAUUUAUGAAGCAUUAGCAAAUAGUGAAUUCGUUAUCUAUUAGCAUUAACUCUACAUCAACUGAUGAUAGUAAGCAGUUUAUAAGUGCAGAUACAAAUGCUCUAUUCCUGACUUAUAAGCAUAUAUAAUGUGCUUGAUGAUUGUAUUUUCAUACUUUAAUUAUAAUAUUUUUAUUGCUAAAUUAAGUAUCGCAUCAUUUACAAACCAGUUCAUUGAGAAUGUUAAUUGAGAAUUGUUUUUUAAACAUUAAUCUGUCACUUUCUUUUGUUGUUUAUUUCAAAAGUACAAAUACUUUAUUAACUUAACUUCAUCCAGUUCGGUGAUCUAAUCUAAUGAAAAUAAACGGCUUUAUUCAUUUCAAUUCAUUUGAAGAUGCACAAAUGAAACCGUAUCAAAUAAAAAAUAAAAAUGUUCAAUCUUAGCUAAAAUAAAAUCACUGUACUGUUUAAAUAAUGAAUAAUUGAAAUGUUGUGUCAUUGUUAAAGUAUUAUAUUGCUGUAGUUUUAUCCAAUUUUUGUUAUAUUUUGACACUUCUGUUAUUCGCCAAUGUUUAAACUUUACAGUAAUUUUACUGUUUAGAUACGAUUGCAAACAUUCAUUGUUCAUUUGAUACAGAGUCAUUUAUUAGGGAUUUAUAAUUCAAAUUAGUCCUCGCUUUAGAUUAGGUCACAAAACUGGAUGAAGUUGAGUUAAUAAAGCAUUUAUUAACAUGUAAACUAGCUAUUAGUAAAUGCCUGAAUAUUAAUAAUAUAUAAAUGUUGAUUUAAAUAGUUUAUCAACCCUUUACUAACACAUUCUAAAUGAUCUUAAAAAAAAUACUCUUAAAUGUAAAUGAUUUGUAAAUAAUGCAAAACUUCAUUUAGUCAUAAAAAAUUAAUCAGUAAAAAAAUAUGAAAGAACAAAUAAUUAGCACAUUAAGUCAAGAAUAGAGCAUUUGUAUCUGUAAUUAUAAACUGCUUACUAACAUCUCCUAUUGUAGAGUUAACAAAUAAUGCAUUCACUAUUUGCUAAUGCUUAAUGGGUGAUUCAUGGUGUACAGUUAUUAUAAAGUAUCAGAAUAAUGAUUGAAAGUUUAAACUAAAACAUCCUACUGACACAACUCACCAAAAGAUAAGACUGUUUUUGUUGAUGAAAAUGCUAGUAACCUAAGGCUUUUAAACUGUACUGUAUGUGUGCGUGCGUGUGUGUUUGUGAGCCCCCGGUGCAGUACCAUUUAACACACGGUGCAGAAUCACACACUACACACAGCCCAAAGGUCAUGCGCCCGUCUUUCUGUCCUCCCUUCAUCCAGGAUUAGUAGCUUCUCACGCUGUUCCUCUAAGGUCAGCAAAGACCUCGCAUGUGUUUAGUUAAACCAGCAGGACCGCUUUGAACAAGAAGACAUCCAUGUCCACUCUUACCUUUGCUAAUCAAAUCUGACAGCAUGCUAGUCAACUGUACUGAUGAGAAGUAUUUCCUGUAUUUAUUUGUCGUUUCAGAGGAAUUGUGUAUUUGUAUUUUUUUUUUUUUUUUUUGGCUGUAACUUUCUUUCCGGUUUAUCUGGCAUUUGUUUUAGCUGUUAGUGUUUGGACAUUAAAAUGACAUCACUUGUCUCUACUGUGUAA